CAUCCAGCCUUAACUCAAUACCACGCGCCGUGCCCAACUGAGCAAAACCAGACCCAAUCAUUUCCGUCACGGAGAUCAAUAAAGGGUAGAGGAGAAAGCUAAUCACAGAAAUGGAGGAAAGGUGCGUGGUCCUGGAAGCCCCGGUGGAACCAGGCUAGCGGCGUGGUUCAGCUAUGAUGUAUUUUGCAGUCCUUGCAAUGCCAUUUCUGCUGGCCCAAGGCCAGGGCAGGCACUUUGAGCAGGAUGCGUAAGAGGGGCGGUCUCUCCACCACAAGUCUUCAGUCUUUGGAGACCUCUAGGAACCCCAGGGCCUUCCCUUCCGUUUCCCAUUCGGAGGCAUAUGCAGUCCAGGACCACCAGUGGUGCGGUGCCGGCUUUCAUAACCCCAUCCUUGGUAGUGCUUUCUUUGCCACACAGUGCUGGGCACCUGCAGAAAUGCAUUAGGCAUGGCCCUGACUUAGGGCACCUUGGGCCGAACCUAAGGGAGUCAGCUCAGGUGCCCAUCCUGGCUACCCAAUGGACCAAUGAGCGCUGCGACUGUUACUCAACUUUGCAGCGUCUCAUCUGUAAAAUGGAAGUGUAACAGCUUAUUCAUAGGGUUGGAUGAAGCUCCUUAUGGCAGUGCGUGUGAAGCGCUGGCCCAGCGCUCAGGAACGCCAAGUACAUACAAAUGACAAUACAUGGCGGCGCCCAACUACGGCGUGAGCGAUUCUUAGAUGCGAUGGCUAGCUGAGGCUAAUCGCCGCUCGCUCCCUACGGCCUGCGCCCAGAGCCGGCCUCCGCCCACAGCCGGCCUCCGCGGCCCGCUCCGCCCACCACCUUAUUUCCUCUGGGAAGGGGUUCUCACCGCCAGGAGUCCCCGCGCUGAGAGCCCGGAUGUGAGCCCAAGUGGCCAUGCGCACAAGCCAGCGCCGCUGCCAUUGGUCGCUGGUGAGGAACAGAUUGAUGACACAUCCGAAAAGUAGGAAGUGGCCACUACGGAAGCUGUUCUGGGCCAGAAAGACUUCCAGUUUGGAGUCGUUUGCUGCGGGGAGGGAAUGAAUGGGCGCUGGGAACACGCCCGCGAGGUGGGGACGCGCCGGCCGUAGCGAGGUCCUUAGCGUGUGAGUGGCCGGGGUCGGGUCGCUUCCCCGCAGCAUGGAGGACGAUGCACCAGUGAUCUACGGGCUGGAGUUCCAGGCACGUGCCUUAACACCUCAAACUGCAGAAACAGAUGCCAUUCGGUUUUUGGUUGGGACGCAGUCUCUUAAAUAUGAUAAUCAGAUCCAUAUCAUAGAUUUUGACGAUGAAAACAACAUUAUAAAUAAAAAUGUCCUCCUCCAUCAAGCGGGUGAAAUCUGGCAUAUUAGCGCUAGCCCUGCAGACAGAGGUGUGCUGGCGACCUGCUACAACAGAACUUCAGACAGCAAAGUCCUGACAUGUGCAGCCGUGUGGAGGAUGCCGAAGGAAUUGGAAUCAGGCAGCCACGAGUCCCCUGAUGAUUCAUCCAGCACUGCGCAGACCCUGGAGCUGCUCUGUCACCUUGACAACACAGCCCAUGGCAACAUGGCCUGUGUCGUGUGGGAGCCAAUGGGAGAUGGGAAGAAAAUCAUUUCCUUGGCUGAUAACCAUAUCCUGCUGUGGGAUUUACAGGAAAGCUCAAGCCAGGCUGUGCUGGCCAGCUCAGCAUCCCUGGAAGGGAAGGGACAACUGAAGUUCACCUCAGGACGGUGGAGCCCACAUCAUAACUGCACCCAGGUGGCCACAGCGAACGACACCACCCUCCGUGGCUGGGACACCCGGAGCAUGAGCCAGAUCUACUGCAUAGAGAAUGCCCACGGACAGCUGGUGCGGGACCUUGACUUUAAUCCCAAUAAGCAAUACUACUUGGCCAGCUGUGGAGAUGACUGUAAGGUGAAGUUCUGGGACACCCGAAAUGUCACCGAACCCGUGAAGACCCUGGAGGAGCACUCCCACUGGGUGUGGAACGUCCGCUACAACCACUCUCAUGACCAGCUGGUCCUCACGGGCAGCAGUGACAGCAGAGUCAUCCUUUCCAACAUGGUGUCCAUCUCGUCGGAGCCCUUCGGCCACUUGGUAGACGACGAUGACAUCAGUGACCAGGAGGACCACCGUUCUGAAGAGAAGAGCAAGGAGCCCCUGCAGGACAACGUGAUCGCCACCUACGAGGAGCACGAGGACAGCGUCUAUGCUGUGGACUGGUCCUCGGCCGACCCGUGGCUGUUUGCCUCCCUGAGCUAUGACGGGAGGCUCGUGAUCAACAGGGUGCCCAGGGCCCUGAAGUACCACAUCCUGCUGUGACUCCCGGGCCUGGGUUAUCCAGGUCCCAUUGGAUGGUUUUCCUCUUGGCAGAUUCUCAAACAGUCGCAGCUCUUUGGAGGUGACUCGUUUUCCAGGUGGAUCCCUCUCCGGGAGAGCCGCUGUUCCCUUCCUGUAGCAGCAGCAUUUAUGAAUGGGGUGAACGGGGCUGUUGUCGACGGCACAGCUAAUGCCCGAACCCAGCCCAUGUCGGCAGAGACAGAGCCCCACAUUGUUAUGUGAAUAACAACGUUUUCUGUUUUAAGGGUGUUAGGAGUUUCACUUUUUAAAAAAAUGUCUGUUCCUGCAAUAGUAACUCUUCUUUCUCUUGAGAGUAAAAAAUGAAAUAAAAUAAAUCCACGCUGCA